CUGUCUCCAGAGGCACAACACGGACCCCGUCCCGUCCCCACACAGCGGUGGGUUUAUUCUGGUGUCGGCCUGCCCGCUGCCCGUUUUGGGGAAGGGCAGAUCGGCCCCCUCGGUCUCCCCAUUGGCUCAGCCGUCCUGACCUCUCCUUCGUUUCUUUUCUCGAGUUUGGAGCGACACUUCGUUCCUGUUGCGCGGAACGUGGCUUCAGGUUGUCGGGAGGGGGGGAAGAAAACAGCUCGCGGAAAACGUUUCUCCCUUUUUUUUCCCAGCUGGAAGACGAGCGGAGAAACCAACACCAGCGAGAUUACUGGAAACUCUACUCCAGAGUGGGACCGUGCUGUCAGCAUGACAGAGAAACCUCCACUGGACAGCAACCAGGAAAGCAGCUGGCUGGGAGAGGGGCAGUCUGAAACUCAGCUUACAGCUGUAGCUGGUCCAGAUGGAGCUGUGGCAACCGAUGAAGAUCGGCCUGCGUGGGACUCUAAGAUCCAGUAUGUGUUGGCGCAGGUGGGCUUCAGUGUGGGUUUAGGGAAUGUGUGGAGGUUUCCAUACCUUUGCCACCAAAAUGGAGGAGGGGCCUUCAUGCUUCUGUAUGUUUUCCUUUUACUGAUUGUGGGAGUUCCACUGUUUUUUAUGGAGUUGGCAGCCGGCCAGAGUAUUCGGCAGGGAAGCAUCGGUGUAUGGAAGCACAUCUCCCCAAAGCUGGCAGGAAUCGGCUACUCCAGCUGCUUGGUCUGUUUUUAUGUGGCCCUGUACUACAAUGUUAUAAUUGCCUGGAGCCUGUUCUACUUGGGCAAUUCUUUUCGGUAUCCUCUGCCAUGGGAACAGUGUCCAACGGAUGUAACAACGAAUGACACAGUAAAGGAAUGUGCAAAUAGCUCCCCUACGUCAUAUUUCUGGUUUCGGAAAGCUCUCAACAUCACAAAUUCCAUUGAAGAAUCUGGAGAGUUUAAUCCCAUCAUGACAGGCUGUUUAUUGGCUGCUUGGGCGAUUGUAUCAUUGGCUAUGAUUAAGGGCAUCAAGUCUUCUGCAAAGGUGAUGUACUUUUCCUCAGUUUUUCCCUAUGUGGUGCUCUUUAUUUUCCUCAUCAGAGGCUUGUUGUUGGAUGGUGCCAUGGAUGGAAUUACCUACAUGUUUUACCCUAAACUGGAAAUCUGGGGCAAUGUGCAGGUUUGGCGGCAGGCAGCUACACAGGUUUUUUUCGCCUUGGGUCUGGGCUAUGGCUCUGUUAUUGCGUAUUCCUCCUACAAUCCGGUCCAUAACAAUUGCCACAGGGAUGCUCUGAUGGUCUCCUGCAUCAACUUCAUGACAUCUGUGCUGGCCUCACUUGUGGUUUUCGUUGUGCUAGGCUUCCGUGCCAAAAACAUUGCACUACGCUGCGUGGCUGAGUACGUAUUGGAAAGAAAUGUGCUGCAAAAGAUAUUAACAUGCAUACGCAUAUUUUUUGCCUUCAUCUCUUUUAGAAAUUUAGGUCAGUUGAAACUCAUGGCAUCGAACGGAUCCAGCCAGCCGUGGUGGCCUUCGUUCAACAUGUCAGACCCCAGUUCUGUGUCCUUAACUGAGUACAGCCAGUGGUACGAUCACUAUAGCUCCAUGGUGGGGCCAAAGAUCACUCACUGCAGUCUGGAGGAGGAGAUGAACAAGGGUGUUGAAGGGACGGGCCUGGCAUUUAUAGCUUUCACUGAGGUGAUGGCUCUGUUCCCAGCCAGCCCCUUCUGGUCCACGCUGUUUUUCCUAAUGCUGCUCAACCUGGGACUCAGCACCAUGUUUGGGACCAUGCAGGGAAUCCUCACGCCUCUCAUGGACAAUUUUAGCCUAUUGGGGCGCCACCGGACGCUGCUCACUGUGUCUGGCUGUGCUCUAGGAUUCAUAAUAGGAUUAUUGUUUACCCAGCGAUCUGGCAACUAUUUUGUGACUAUGUUUGAUGACUAUUCUGCAACCCUGCCAUUAGUGAUUGUCGUUAUUUUUGAAACCAUCAGUGUGGCGUGGGUGUAUGGCACAGACCGUUUCCUGGAUGAUAUUGAAAUCAUGCUCCACUGGCGCCCUCCAGUGUUGUACAAAUACCUUUGGAAAUAUGUGUGUUUAAUAGCAAUGAUCAGUCUGCUGGCCGCCAGUUUGUUGCGCAUGGUCUUGAAAGGACCCACAUACACCGCCUGGAAUCAAACCACUGCUUCUGAGAUGACUUUGGCGUACCCUGGUUGGGCCCUGGGUCUUAUCGUAAUGCUCAUAGUCCUUGCUACCCUGCCAGUGCCCAUUGGCUACAUUCAUUCCAUGUUGAAAAGCCGCAUGGCCCGUGAGAGUCCAUCCCCAGAGGGACCCGGCCGGGAGAUGCACCGUGAGCUGUACACCAAGUGCAACUCCACAGAUCAGCUGGAUUCCAACUCUCAUCAAGACCCCUCUGAGGAGGACGAAGGUCGUCCCAGGACUGUUUUCCUGCCACUGGGCAAUGAACAUUACCGUCUUCUGCCCCAGCAGGAAGAAAAUGAGGAGGAGGAGGAGCAAGAUACAGGGGUCUGAAUGGGAAAUUUGAGGGUCUUUUUUUUGUGUAGGAGGAAAAUUGAAAGAGAAUGCAAACUGAAGAGAGAUAUUCAUCAUCAGUGUAAUUCUUUAUGAGAAUAAUCACCUUUGUGUUAUCUGUAUAUAUUAAGCAAACUUUAAAUUGUUGAUAAGCCAAAGUCAUUUUAACUUUUUAAUAUUGGUCGUACAUUAAGUCAAAUUCAUCUUCACAUUUGUACCUCCAAUUUGUUUUCUGAACAAUUCUAAGAUUGUUUGGAAACAUUUGGAAGUGUAUUAAAAAGUAAGUUGCCAUAUUUCAUAAAGCUAAGGCUCUGUUUUAACAAUGACCAGCCACCAACCUGCCAGGCCAAUGUAGGUUUGACUAUUUUGACUUGUUGUGGGAGUUACAACUGAGUGCCUUUUGAACUGUAGAAUUCAGCCACCAAUGAAUAUGCUUUAUGAGGGAUAUUUUUAGCUAAACAAGUAUAAAGUUGCAUGAAAAUAUUCUACCUUGAAAUACUGUGAUGUGUUUGCAUGUGUGUGUGAGAGGAUGUGUGCGGGCCUUUGUGUUUGUGUGUUUCUUUUGUGCAUCAGUCCGGUUGUGAAAUAGGAAAUGUGACAGUAAGAUCACCUUAUUUUGUAUUUGCAUAAUUUUACCUCACAAAGACCACAGCAAAGUUGUUGCAUGUGUUCAGACAAAUUUUUCAUCGUAGCAGUGUUAUAAGGUGCAGAACAGCAACUUAAAUAAAUCUGUAGAGGGCAACAGCCAAUCAUGUUUCUGUUUGUUGGGAUUUUCACAUUUGAAAUUCCGUUAACGUCUCAUAUUCUUAAAAGACCUCCGAAUUUCAACGCAUAGUCAAUUGAUCCCUGAUGUUUGCUUUGAUCAAGAAAUGGUCCAAAAGGUUU